GGGAUGCGGUGUCUCAAGGUUCAGGGCAAGUAAGGAGACAUAAAAAAAAAUCAUCCUCCAAAAUAGAUGAAUAGGGGAUUCAAGUGGCAGUCUGCAGACAUGGGAUAUUGCUACGAGGACUGAACCACUACCGUGGUGAGGUAUUUGCCUACCCAAUGUUUUUGCAGAGAGAGUUGUCGAAGAGGGCAAAUGUCACUUUCUUCUGCAUGGAUGUUGUCUGCAGGUACUGGCCAUACCUAAGCAAAGUGGCUGAAGAAUCAUCAGAUCUUCAGCCGCUAACGGAAAUGAGGCCAUUUCUUAGUGUAAUGCAUGCCAAAGCUCAUACAGCGAAAUGCGAGGUGAGAUGGGAUGGCAGAAAUCAGGAUGGAGCAGGGAACACUGUUGGAGAGGAAGUUGAACAAGUCAACAGCUUUCUAUCUAGUGCAGCUCUUGUCACAAAAUACAUGACGAAGGCAGGGAGAGAGAAUAUGCUGACUCAACAGGCCAUGGGGUGGAACAGAAAAAAGAUAGAGAACCUCCACAAAGUCUUGGCUCACGGAUAUAUCAAAAUCUCUGAGAGGGCAAAGCUGGAAGCUGCCAGCUUCAGUGAAUUCCAGCAAAAGAAUCGCCUCACUGAACAAACCGUACAGCAGUGGGUAUGUGAUGUUCAGCAGUGGGCAGUCACAGAGCUAGUUUCCACACCAGGGAGCACAGAGGACCUCAGAGCUGAGAUACAGAGCAUCACAGUUAGCCUGCUCCGCAAGAAGCAGGACCUCUAUCGUCAACAUGAUAGCAACCAGACAAGGCAAAGGAAGAGAAAGAAAAUAAGAGAUUUAAAGAAAAAACUAAGAGAAAAGAUCUUGCAGUACAAUUCAACUGAAGAGGAUAAGAUUGAUGAAGAGUUGGCCUGCAGUUUGACAGAAGACUACAUCCUGCCUUGGGAGAGACUUGAAGAUGGUCACUCCUUCAGAUUAAAAUGGUCAGUUUUUGACCAAAUGAUGCUACUUAAACGCCUUGAAGAGGAGAAGAGCAUCCUGGUCAAAGAGAUGUCCCAGCACAUCAAGUCUCUCCAGAAGGAGAUGAAGGGAGUGGAGAAAUGCAAAAAAAACACCAGAACUUGCAAUUUUGGUGACAUGUCGGAGGAGGCUGCAGAGGGUUGGAAAAGUGUCCUCAUGCGGCGAUCUUCUGCAUUGGAGAGGUUAUGUCAAGAAGCUGUAAGCACAUAUCAUGCUAUAGUUGAUGAUCUUCAGAUACAGGACUCAGAAUGCAGGACAGACACUGAUGACGAUGAAUAUGACCUUAGUAGUCCAGAGUCAGAGGAAGGAGAUUAGGAAGGAGACCACUCUGUUUUGUUAUCAUCAUCAUCGUCGUCGUCCCUGGAGAGAGUUCAGACUGCACAGAAUAUCAUAUAUCAGUGCUAUUCAAAUCUUACCCUGGAGGGCCGGAGCACUGCAGAGUUUAGCUCCAACCCUGAUCAAACACACCUGAGCAAGCUAAUCAAGGUCUUCAUGAUCACUAGACAAUCACAGGUGGUUAAGUUU